GAAGGAAAUAAAAUGAAAUCAUGAUGUGAAAGCAAAACAAAUCUCUUACAUCAAACUAAUUAGCUGUAUAUAUGUAUGCAUGCAUGUAUUAUUCAUUUUAUAAGCUAAUUAUCUAACCUCACAAAAAGGUAACAAAAAUAAUACUCCUUCAUUUUUAUAGCUCUUAUCUAACAUAUAGAUGUUACGCAUAUAUUUAUAUAUAUAUAAGUAGCAUAAAUUUUGUUUUAGCAAACCAUAUUAUCUAUCACACAUUAUUUUUAGUCUGGACUCUCUCGAGUUGUGACACAAUCAUUGUUCAAACAAAAUGGUACGUCGGAGGUGUACUUCGAUUGUUAUUCUUCCCGUUAUUGUGUUGCUUACGGUUCUAUCAGUCACGAUCUCAGAAUCGAUGGCGGCUGAUGAUGGUUGCAACAGAUUUGAGGGGAGUUGGGUGUCGGAUCCGAGUUACCCGUUAUACGAUUCGUCGGUAUGUCCAUUUUUGCGUAAACAAUUUGAUUGCCAAAAGAAUGGAAGGCCAGAUAAGUCUUACCUUGGCUAUAGAUGGCAGCCUACUGGAUGUAAUCUUACCAGGUAUGAUGUAAAUGAUUUUUUCACAAAAUUUAGUGGAAAGAAAAUAUUGUUUGUGGGCGAUUCACUAAGCCUUAAUCAAUGGCAAUCUCUUACUUGCAUGCUUCAUGCGGGCAAUCCAAACGCUACAUACAACUUGACGCAACAACAACCCAUGUAUUCCUUUCAAUUUCCUGAGUAUAAUCUCACAAUUAAUAUGCAAUGGCAUCAAUUCCUAGUGGACGUAGAUGUGGAACCAACAGGCAGAAUUUUAAAGCUUGAGUCUAUCAAGGGUGGUGAUGCAUGGACUGAUUUUGACUUGCUCAUCUUUGAUAGUUGGCAUUGGUGGUUUUACAUUCCACCCCAGCAACCAUGGGAUUUCAUACAAUUGGGAAAUGAAACAAAGAAGGAUAUGAAUCGGAUAGAGGCAUUCAAGAUUGGGCUAGGAACUUGGGCAAAAUGGGUUGAUUCUGCGCUUGAUCAUAGUAGAACCAAAGUUUUUUAUCAAGGCAUCUCAGCAUCGCACUAUCAUGGCAUUGAUUUUGGGAAACCAACAGCACAAGGUUGUUAUAAGGAGACACAACCAAUACUUGGAUCAAAAAGCCCAGCGCCACCAAGCCCAGGAAUUGGUAUAGUGAAGAACAUAUUGGGCCAAAUGAAUAACCCACCUUUCUUUUUGGACGUCUCAUUGUUGACCCAAUUAAGGCCCGAUGCACAUCCACAGAAAUAUGGUGCCUCAAAAACUGGUGGAGAUUGCACACAUUGGUGUCUUGCUGGUGUUCCUGAUACUUGGAAUUUACUCCUUUAUGCUUCUUUAUAGUUUUUUAGGCCUUUAAUUUUCAUUUUUUAUGAUUAAUUAAGGUAUACACAAUUAAAGUCUCAUUCUUGAUAGACUUAAUAUGUUGAAUUACACAUUUAUUUUUAACGGAUUUUUCACCA